GGAUGAUGAAGAAGAAGAGAAAAUAGGAGGGAGGAGGGCUUCGGGGCAAGAUGAGGAGGAAGGAGAGAGAAGGGCAAGACCAGGGAGGAGCCAGCCAUGCCUAUUCUAACGAAGGCCAGUAAGGGGCGGCCAUGCCAGCUGAGAACUAGACAACAAGGAGAAUGAGGAAGGUUGACCAGCAGGCCAAAGCUCCCAUGAGCAGGGACCUCCGUGCGAAGUUAACGAAGUUGAAUGAUGUCCUGCCAAUAUGUCCUUCAACUUGGAGAGAGAAGGCUUUUUUCUAGCAGCUAAGACUCAAACCAUGAAUUACGUUGGGCAGUUGGCGGGCCAGGUGUUCGUCACCGUGAAGGAACUCUACAAGGGCUUGAAUCCUGCCACCCUGUCUGGAUGUAUUGAUAUCAUCGUCGUCCGCCAACCCAACGGGAGCCUUCAGUGUUCCCCUUUCCACGUGCGCUUUGGGAAGAUGGGGGUCCUGCGCUCCCGAGAGAAAGUGGUUGACAUAGAAAUCAACGGGGAAUCCGUGGAUUUGCACAUGAAGUUGGGAGACAAUGGAGAAGCGUUUUUUGUUCAAGAGACUGAGAGUGAUCAGGAAGUGAUCCCCAUGUACCUGGCCACCUCCCCUAUCCUGUCGGACGGAGCCGCCCACAUGGAGUGCCAGCUGAAAAGGAGCUCGGUAGAUCGGCUCCGAACCCUGGACCCCAGCACGUCAGCCCAGGCCUCACCUCCCAGUGAGGCCCCUUCGAGCAGCUCUUUAGUGAAGAAGAGAAGAAAAAGGAGGAGAAAGUCCCAGCUGGACACCCUGAAAAGAGACGACAACAUGAACACAUCUGAGGACGAAGACAUGUUUCCCAUAGAGAUGAGCUCCGACGAGGAGGCCGACCCGCCAGACGGUAGUAGAACUCUCCCUAAUGAUCUAUCUGCAUUCCAAGAAGAGGUUUCUAAGGAAAACCCUUCCCCCAUCGUGACUUACCCUCAGUCAGCAUCGUACCCUAAUUCUGAUAGAGAGUGGUCACCCAGCGCAAGCAGCCUGAUAGAUUGCCAAGGGACUGCCCCCCGCCUGGCAGUUGUGGCCGAGGGAGGCCUUUCUAGCUCUUGUCCUUCACAGCCUUCCCACUUCUAUGCUUCGGAAAGUCCUUCAGGCUCCCGACCUUCAACACCUAAAAGUGAUUCGGAAUUGGUCAGUAAGGCCGUGGAUAGGACGGUGCAGAAGAAUAACCUAGAAAUGCUCUGGCUCUGGGGAGAAUUGCCCCAGGCUGCAAAGUCUCCACACAAGGUGAAAGACUGCAGUCCAUUGAACGGUAGGAAAGUCUGUGAUAAGACGCACUUUCAGACCGUUCAGAGUGAAUCUUCAGAUGCGUUCAGUGACCAGUCGCCGACGCUGGCCAGGCCUCCCGUGCCGCCCGGUUUAGAGUCGAGCAAGCCUCCAACGGACAUGCAGUGUGUGAACGAAGAAGAUGUCGAGGCCUUAGGAGCCGCGGCCCCGCCUUUAGCCGCGAUUGAAGACCCCAAGCCCCUGUCUGCCACCGUGGCCCCGAUGGCGAGCAAGACAGAUUCUCCUUCCAGGAAAAAAGACAAACGAAGCCGACACCUUGGUGCCGACGGCGUCUACUUGGACGACCUCACCGAUAUGGACCCGGAAGUGGCUGCGCUGUAUUUUCCCAAAAACGGAGAGCCUUCCGGGCUGGCCAGACACACCAGCGACAACGGCGCCCGGUCGGCCAACCAGUCCCCGCAGUCCGUGGGCAGCUCUGGCAUCGACAGCGGCGUGGAGAGCACCUCGGACAGCCCGAGGGACCUGCCGUCCAUCGCCAUCUCCCUCUGCGGAGGCCUCAGCGACAACAGGGAGAUAACCAAAGAUGCAUUUCUGGAACAAGCCGUGUCGUAUCAGCAGUUUGUGGACAACCCAGCUCUCAUUGAUGACCCCAAUCUUGUGGUGAAGAUCGGGAAUAAGUAUUAUAACUGGACAACGGCGGCCCCUCUGCUCCUGGCGAUGCAGGCCUUCCAGAAGCCUUUGCCAAAGGCCACUGUGGAAGCUCUCGUGAGGGAUAAGAUGCCCAGAAAGGGCGGAAGGUGGUGGUUUUCAUGGAGGGGAAGAAACACCACGAUCAAAGAGGAAAGUAAGCCAGAGCAGUGCUUGGCUGGCAAGAGCCACAGCCCCGGGGAGCAGCCGUCACAGCUCGGCAUGGCCACCAGGAUAAAGCAUGAGUCAUCCUCCAGUGAUGACGAACACGCAGCUUCCAAGCCCCCAAGUGCGGGCCACCUCCCCCUGUUGUCCAGCGUCAGCUACAAGAAGACCCUCCGGCUCACUUCGGAGCAGCUGAAAAGCUUGAAGUUGAAGAACGGCCCCAACGACGUGGUCUUUAGCGUGACCACACAGUACCAAGGCACGUGCCGCUGCGAGGGCACCAUCUACCUGUGGGACUGGGACGACAAAGUCAUCAUUUCGGACAUCGACGGGACCAUCACCAGGUCAGAUACUCUUGGCCACAUUCUGCCCACCCUCGGGAAGGAUUGGACCCACCAGGGCAUUGCUAAGCUGUACCAUAAAGUGAGCCAAAACGGAUAUAAGUUUCUCUACUGUUCUGCACGUGCCAUCGGGAUGGCGGACAUGACGAGGGGCUAUUUGCACUGGGUCAACGAGAGGGGCACGGUGCUGCCUCAGGGGCCCCUGCUGCUGAGCCCAAGCAGUCUCUUCUCGGCCUUGCACAGAGAAGUGAUUGAAAAGAAGCCCGAGAAGUUUAAAGUCCAGUGUCUGACAGACAUCAAAAAUCUGUUUUUUCCAAACACGGAACCCUUUUACGCUGCUUUUGGAAACCGACCGGCCGAUGUGUAUUCGUAUAAGCAAGUAGGAGUGUCUUUGAACAGAAUAUUUACUGUCAAUCCCAAAGGAGAACUUGUACAGGAGCACGCAAAGACCAACACCUCCUCGUAUGUGCGACUCUGCGAAGUGGUUGACCACGUUUUCCCGCUGCUGAAAAGAAGCCAUUCUUCGGACUUCCCCUGCUCGGAUACUUUCAGUAAUUUCACCUUUUGGAGAGAGCCACCGCCACCUUUCGAAAACCAGGAUGUUCAUUCUUCCUCCGCAUGAAACGUCCCAAGCGGCCUCCUGACGUCGUGUGAAGACCCGGCGCCCCCGAUUAAAGGAUAGGUUUUGGGAGCCGUGGAGCAGGA